AUGUACGCUUUGUUAAUAUCUGGAUCAAAUACCUGGGACAACUAUCGUCAUCAAGCUGACGUUUGUCACGCUUAUCAGAUAUUGAAAGCUGAAGGAGUUGACCCGAAUAACAUUAUUACAAUGCUGUAUGAUGACAUCGCUUUUAAUCGCUUGUAAGUUUCAAAAGCUUUUAAGUAAGCCUAAGCGCUUAAAUACGUUUAUAAGCGUACUCAACUUAAUUCUGGUAUGCCUAAUUUUAUAAAUCGUAAUUCUGAGCCUAGCAAACCAAAGCUUAGUAAGUCUGAGACUUUUAAGACCAAACCUAAUAAGCUUAGCCUUACUAAACCUAAGCCUAUAACGCCUAAGUCUACCAAGCCUAAGUCUCCUAAGCCUAACAAGUCAAACCCUACUAAGCUUAAGCCUACUAAGCCUAAGCCUACUAAGCCUGAGCCUACUAAGCUUAAGCCUACAAAACCUAAGUCUAUGCCCAAUAGUCUUAAAACUACUAACUUUAAGCCCCAACUAACGAUACUUGAGCUUAGCCUUCUAAGCCUAACUCAAAUUUAAAAAACUUCAGAAACCCAUUUCCCGGCCAAAUUUUCAACAACCAGAAUAUGAAAGAUGUCUACUCUGGCGUGAAGAUUGACUAUCGUGGAGCAGAUGUUACUGUACCCAACUUUCAAAAUAUAUUACUAGGAUUACCCACCAACGUUGGAUCUGGAAGAGUGUUACAGACGUAUGUACUAUUCUUAUACAAUUUUAAAAACCACGUACUUUACAGUAAUACUACUUUUGUAUACUUUAAAUUAAAACAUAAAUGCCUUUUAAUAUAGCACUAUAUUUACAAUUUUAGAACUUCUGAAGACAAUAUCUUAAUAUACUUUUCUGACCAUGGUAACACCGGUUUUGUUGGCUUUCCAAACCAUCAGGUAUUGACUGCCAAACAAAUACAUGUCACUUUAAAUAUGAUGAUACAACAAAGAAAGUUCAAUGACAUGGUGAUCUACAUUGAAGCCUGCUUCAGUGGGUCAUUGUUCAAUGGUAUUUUGAAGAACGACAGCAAUAGUAAGUUCAUGUUACAGUAUCCUAAACUAGAUUCCUACCCUACCUAUUUGAUCUACCUUAUCAUAUCGUAGCGCUACCAUGCGUUAAUAAACAAAAAUUCUAUGUUUACUAAUAAUAAAGUUACAGUAUACGCAAUGACCGCUUCAAACGAAAGAGAAACAUCCUACGGCAACACAGAUUCGAUUCAAGACAUUACUGGUGCACGUGUAGUACUAGGAGACUCUUUUUCUUCAAAUCUACUCAAUUCCAUCGUAUUUAAGGACUUGACUACAACAACAUUGGAUGAACAAUUUGCUUUUGUCCAAAACGCGACAAAAAUGUCGCAUGUAAAGCGUUAUGGCUCAACUGCAAUUGGCCAACAAACAGUCGCUGAAUUCUUGCAAAUCAUCGAUUUUAGAGACAAUGAGGGAGAUGAUGACAUGAAAUUCGAGGUAAAUUUGAUGAAAUGUUAGUUUUAUAAAAGUGUUUCAUUUAAAAAUGGCAUUUUUGCAAGAACAGUUGAUAUAAAAUGGCAAUUUGAAACAGGUCUUCCACCAGUUUUCCCCGAAAGACUAAAACAUCUUCUAAUUUUUAUAAUUUUCAAAUGUUACAGUAAUCCAACAUUGCUGAUGUAGUUACAAAAAGUCUUCCUUAUAGUCUUUUAAACAUUUUCACCAAAUUUGAAGCCAUUCAGCACCAUAGUAACAAUUCUACAGCGUAUUCACUGACAUGUACCCCUAUGUUGUUGUAUCUUUUACGAAACAACAAUUUCGAACGCGUAUUUUACAAAAACAAUUUUGAAAUCAAAUUCAAAACCAAAUUUUAAAUCUAAUUUCAAAAUAAAAAACUUCAGAUUCCGGAAAAUUUACUGCCACCAUCGACCAAAGGUUCAUUGCCAUCCUGUGUUAUGCCAGAACUGUUGAUGAUGGAACGAUUCGACAAAACCAGUGAUAUGGAAGAGAAACGACGUUUGGGACGACAUUUGAAAAAUGUUUUUGAUGUGGGUUUUGAAAUUUUUAAUUUUUUAAUUUUUUUAAUUUUUAAAAACUGCACGGUGCAAAAAAAUAAAAUUAUUGAACCGUGCAGAUAUUUUUGAAAAAUUAAAGCAAAAAUUGAAAGCAUUGGUCAAUCUUACGUCCAAAAUAAACAUUUUCUGAAAUUUUACCAUAAUUUGACGCUUCAGGUUAAGAACAACAUAGAAAAGCACUCGAUGGAAAUGUACGUUGAUUUGAUGCCACAAUUCAGAUCAAGCGACCCUAUCAUGGACCCAAGACUACCCCCAUUGAGAAUUACUCAACUGGACUGUCAUGAUCAAGUUGUGCGACAAUUUGCUGUUCAAUGCCCCGAAAUGAUGGAUGUAAGUAUUAUUCUUGUCUUACCUUAACCUACCCUAUUUGCCCUGCUUUACCAUUCCCUACCCUACCGUAUACUUUCUUGCUUUUUCUUGCCCUGCCAAGCCCUACCCUUCCUUACUGUACUCUGUCUUGCGUUGCCAUGUUUUGAUAAGCCAUACUCUACUCUAGCCUACCCUAUUCUACCUUGCCUUGGUGUGCCAUACUUUACCCUGCCCUACCUGGCCGUACCAAUGUGUACCCUAUCCAACCCUUAUCCUAUCGUACCCUUAAGCCAACACAGUAUAAGUUAUACUUAAAAUAAAUAUCUUUUAACUUCAGAAUGACUUCAAAAACCAUUUUAUUGCGACAAUGACCAACUUGUGUGAACAAAUGGUGCCUGCUUCACAUAUUAUCCAACAAAUGAUCAGACAUUGUACCUAA